UUGUCUAUAAAUAGCCCCCUCCAUGAUCUUUUUCCAUCCCAACCACUUGUAAUUCUACCAAAAAUUUCCAAACAACAUAAAAAUCAAAAAUAAAAAAAAAAACCCACCAUUUUUUCUCCCAAAAAAAUGGAACCCCAAAAUCAUAUUUCUCCUUCAAAUAAUCACAUACUAAUUAUUCCAACCCCAGGAAUGGGACACUUAAUUCCCUUAAUACAACUAGCCAAAAGAAUUCUUCAAUUAACAUCUUUUCAUAUUUCUUUUAUCAUCCCUACUGAAAGGCCGCCAACGCAGGCUCAAAAAGGUGCGUUGGCGGCCCUUCUUGAGGAAAAAACUUCAUAUUUUUUCCUCCCACCCGUCAAUUUAGAUGACGUCCCGUCGGAUGCCAUGAUCGAGACUAGACUGUCUCUAACCCUCUCUAGAUCUCUCCCUGCCCUCCGGUCCCACCUAAAAGAGUCCAAACACCGUUUUGUGACGCUUAUAGUUGACCUUUUUGGUACCGACGCUUUUGAAAUAGCGUCGGAAUUUGGGAUUAGUCCUUACAUAUUUUUUCCUAGUACUGCUAUGUGUUUGUCACUUUUUCUCCAUCUUCCUUAUCUUGAUGAAAAAGUUUUAUGUGAAUAUAGGGACAUGCAAGAACCGGUUUUAUUACCUGGGUGUACUCCGGUUCAUGGAAAAGAUUUAUUAGACCCGGUUCAGGAUAGGAAAAAUGAAGCUUAUAAAUGGGUUUUACAUCAUACAAAAAGGUACACUUUAGCUGAGGCUAUUAUGGUAAAUACGUUUAAUGAGUUAGAAGAAGGGGCUUUGAAUUUUUUGCAAAAAAAUGAAUCGGGUAAGCCUAUGGUUUACCCGGUUGGACCGUUGGUUCAAAUAGGGUCGGGUGAUGAUAAAGUCGAUGAGUCGGGUGCUUUGAAUUGGUUAGAUGAGCAGCCACGUGGGUCAGUUUUAUUUGUCUCGUUUGGAAGUGGUGGGACCCUUUCUUAUAAGCAGAUAGUUGAAUUGGCUCAUGGGUUAGAGAUGAGUGAUCAAAGGUUUUUGUGGGUGUUAAGAAGUCCUAAUGAUGAGAUUCUUAAUGUAACAUAUUUUAGCACUGAAGUUGAUAAGAAAAACCCAUUAGAUUAUUUGCCUAAAGGAUUUUUAGAGAGGACAAAAGAGAGAGGUCUUGUAAUCCCAUUGUGGGCCCCACAAAUGAAGAUUCUUAGUCAUCCAUCAACCGGCGGGUUUUUAACUCACUGUGGCUGGAACUCAAUUCUUGAAAGUGUAGUCAACGGGGUGCCUCUAAUUGCUUGGCCGCUUUAUGCUGAACAGAAAAUGAACGCGGUUUUGAUAACCGAUGGAAUGAAAGUCGCCUUAAGGCCAAACUCCGAUGAAAACGGAUUAGUCGGUCGAGGAGAGAUCGGAAUGGUGGUUAAAGGUUUAAUGGAAGGUGAAGAAGGUAAGAAAAUAAGAAAUAGGAUGAAGGAGUUAAAGGAUGCAUCCAUUAAAGUAGUUGGAGAAGAUGGAUCAUCUACAAAGUCAUUUUUAGAAGUGGCUCAAAAGUGGAAAUCAUCUAAAUAAAAGUCACAAAACAUAUAAUUGCAUGAAAGAAAACAAGAAAAAGGUGACUCCAUUAUAAAUUAUAGUGCGUGUGAAUGUACAAUCUUUUUCCUCCUCUUAUGUUUUAACUCUAUAUAUUGUGAUAUAUGAUUUUCCACCACUUUUGUUUUGUUUGAUUACUAGUAAUUAGUUAUUGUAUCAUUUUCUUUGGGUAUAUGGAUAAUAUUGUAUAAUUUGAUAAGCAUUCUUUUUUAUCACUUUCUUUA